AUGAAAUAUUAUCAACCUUCUUUAAUUGAUCGUACAUUCGUGGACGAUGAUUUUUACAGAAAUAAUAAGUUCACUCUCGACUACGUUUUGACAACCGAUACAAGUGCUCAUAUUGACGAACCUGAGAAUUUAGUAAAAGUAAUUCAUACUGCAUGUGGAUUAUAUAGGGUUGUCAUAGAAUAG